AUGAAAGAGGCCAAGGGCGGGGAGAAGAUUGGGGAAGUUGUAUUUGAGCAGUCCAAGGAAGUUGUGCAGGUGACUGAUGUUGAUAUUAUCGGGGUUACCUCUUCAUCUCUAGAGAAAGUGACCACUCCUGAAGCUGUUGAAGUGUUAGUGGGUGAAUUUAAGGACACUCAUGAUGUUGAAGCAGGCGAUGGGUUCCAAUUGGUCACAAAUAGAAAGCACAAGUAA